AUUUUAAUAAUUUUAUACAUUCUAAUUUAUCCUCUGAUCUAACACGUUAGGCGAUAAAAAUUGAUCGAACGAUUGAUUGUACUUGAAGUAUGUGUAUCAAUAUGAAGAAACUUCUGUGUGCGGUUGCCUUACUGUCUGCCCUAUGUCUAUGCCAGGCUAGAGCUACAGAUAAACUGAAAGUCACUAUAUACUACGAGACACUGUGCCCAGCGUGCAGGGCUUUUAUUUUAACUGACUUGUAUCCAGCUUACUCGGAACUCGGGAGUUACCUAGACUUAGAAAUGGUCCCUUACCAGUGGUGUCGUGAAUCUGAAGGUGAAUGGACUUGCAUGUGUCAACAUGGCAACGACGAAUGCCUUGGUAAUACGUAUGCUAGCUGUGCGUUUGCUAACUACACAACCAAGGUAGCUUUAGAGUUCAUGCAUUGCGUAGAACAAGAGGUUGCUCCAGACGAACCGAUGCCGUUUAAACAAUGUGCAAAACAAGCAAAAAUAUCUUAUGAAGACUUGAAAUAUUGUGCAGAAACCGAAGGUUUGGAAAUGCUAAUAGCUGCUUUCAAGAAAGCCCAGGACUUCAAAGUACCAUACCUGCCCUUCAGCUCUUUUAAUGACAAGUUCGAUAAGUCUGCUGACAUUGAAGCCUUCAAGGACUUCAAGAAGGCUGUGUGCAGACGUCUCUCAAACCGUCCUAAAGCGUGUUCUACUGAGUGAAAUAUAUAUUUCGCCGUAGAAGCAUGCCUCUUGUACGCUGCUAUAAAUGCACAAUAAAUGAUUCAAUGAAAAAA